AUGGAUGCGGACGGCACUGAAGAUACGGUCUCCGAAAUUCCGAGAAGAUCUACUCGACGGCUGACUACAGGAAAAACGCUGAUUUUUGAGGUGACCCCAAGAGGUCCAAUAAAGAGGUCCAAAGGGGAAAUAAAUAAGAUGGGUUCUUCUUCUUCUUCUGUCCCAAUUGUUAAUGGAUCCAAAAAUCUGGAGAGUGGCUCAGAAGAUGAAGAGUCCCCCAACAAGAAGAGUCGACUGGACGAAGAAGAAAUAUUUGGUGAUAAAAGCGGUGAUAAAAAAGAAAUGGCUGGCCAGGAAUCAGCACAAGACCAAUAUGAGGACCAGGAAAUGGAUUCUGAGGAAGAUUCCAUUCAAAUUCAUUCAAAACAAACCAAAAUUAUUUCCCAGAGUCCUUUCCAGACAAAAGGAGUUCUUGGGGUUGCGAAAUUGUCCCCCUACGUUGUGCUUGGCGAGCGCUGCCGUUUAGGUGAAAAUACAGACAGACACGUCAACGAGCCCAAAGUCGUUGUAUCAUCUACCAAAGAAACUACAGAGUUCACAAAGCCUAGCGCACCAACGAGAUCUUUCAACAAUGUGCAGAGUCACAAGAUCACAAGCAUGGCAGAGUACAAGCAGGAGAUGGAGGCCAAAGCCAAAAGCUCUGGUAUUUCAAGAGUCAAUCGCCACAAUGACCCUAGCGUCCAGGCACCCACUGUGACAUCACACACGGUACGACAGAGAGCCAAUUACUUUCCGACUGGAAAGGAGUCCAUCUCGCACAAGAAGAAAGAACAAAAACAGAAACAAGUGGUUACCAGCAGAACCUCUGUGGGAUCAUCCCGAGGAUUCCUUCAUUAUUUCUGCUGGUUGCUUCUCGUCUUUCUGCUGCUCAGCUCUGCUGUGCUGCUGUUGGGCAAGAACAAGUUGAUUUCCCUGUACCAGAGGUCCUCAAAAGUAGCAGUGGCUCCAACCAGGUCCGUCAAGCUCGAGCCGUUUGCGGCUCUCUUGUCUGAAAUGGAGACUCGCUUCCGCAAUCAAAGACCCGAAUUGUGGAAGCGGAGCAGGAUCCAUUUGGAGAAGCACCUCAAAACCCCGCAGCCCACUGAGCCCGUCAGCUUGAUCCUGACGUCCGGCCGCGGCGCUGAAAAGACGCUGGCAUGCCUCGCCGAGCGCCUGGCCGCCGCUUUCUCCUCUGCUCUCGAGAGUUCCGUUCUCCACGUGGACGGAGCCGCCAAAGCCGGCCAGGAGAGUGACGAGGUCAAGCUGGACAUCGACGGGCAGCUACGCGCGGCUUUCGGGGGAAACCGAACGGCGGCCGUCAUCCACCGCUUGGAGGAGCUGCCGCCAGGCUCCACCCUCAUUUUUUAUCGUUACUGUGACCACGAACACUCCGCCUUCAAGGAGGUCUUCCUAUUGUUUACCGUGCUGCUGCCUCGGGAUGAGGUCAGCGGGCAGCUCGGAGCUGUCGAGGAGAUGGUUCAGGACUAUCUUAAAGACAGGCUGGUGGGCCCUAGCAGUAAAAUGGCCUUUAACGAGAUGGACACGGACAAGUUUGGCGGAUUGUGGAGCCGGAUCUCCCAUCUUGUUCUACCUGUUGUGGCCGAGGAGGACGUCGAGCAAAAUGGAUGCUAG